CACAAUCCCAAACGCCAAAUCACAACGUGAAAGCUGACGUAACUCUGUGAAUAGCAUCAUAAUAAUCAUUUAAGCUGUUUACGACGGUGUUUAAUUUUAGACGCGAAGCUCAUUUUUCCGCAGUUUGCUUGAUAUUGAAUAACGAUCGGAUGUUUUGAUUCUGCGUUCUUGAAAACUGUUCACUUCAAUUGUUGUUACAAAAUCUUACAUUAUUAACGAAAUAAAGGGACAAAUUGGUGAAAAUGGUGAAAACGAAGAUUCUAGGAAUUAUCACAGUUUUACUUUUUGUGUGCAAAUACAUUGAGUGCGACGAUAUACAGGAGACACCUUCAUCUUGCGUCGAUUUUAGACCUCAAAAUAACCUGGAUACUGAUCAACUCCUUGGCAUUUGGUACGGCAAUGAGAUAAUAACGCAUCGCAAUAAUGAAAAUAAUGAAUUGGAUCAAAAUUCAUGUGUUGAGAUCAUAUUGGACGAUAUUACGAGAUCAGUGCAUAUGCAGUAUAAUUACGACGAGCGGCCAAAAUAUCGCUACUUGAAACUAAUCUGGAAUGACGGCAACAAUGACUACGAACACAUUUUACUUUACAACCAAACAAAUCGAGGAGUUUGGAUAGCAAAAACAACACCAGUGACCGAGAAUUUAUAUACUCACAAUGGACAUGCACAAUUAAAAGCAGGGGACAAACAAAAUUUUGGUCAAUUCACGGGCGUGAUUCAAGUGCUGAAAUUCGUUGGUAACCAUGUGGUUCUAAAUUUUUGUGAAAAUGACGGACGAUUGUUCAGCAUCGCUUUGGCGCGGUCACCCAACAUGUACACGCCUGAGGAUCUUGCAAGUGUGCAUACAUUAUUUCAACGCCGAGGCCUAUCAGCAUAUUCAGCGCAUAGACUGUGCAAGGGAUCCGCAGUGACACACAACAUGUCGAUUAUUACGCUGUUCAUUGCAUUUUUCGCGUGUAUUUUCAAACAUUUCUGAAAUGCUCACAUCAUUUUUUUACUCAUGAUCAUCUUCAAAGCAUCAUCAAACCUUAGUAAUUAUGAAAUCGUAAAAUCGAUAUAGAAUGACCUUUGUUUCCAAACCAACUAUUAGCUUCGUUAUUAACCAAACCCAUUUAAUUUUCCAAUAAAAUGCGUCGAUUUUUCUAAACGAAACACUCAGACAAAGUGUAAUAAAUUGUAAGAAGAUCCAUUUUGAGUUAAUGCAUCGUGACCAACAUGUUUUCUCUCGACCAGCGUAGUAUGCACUUCAAUUUGAUUAUUGUUUUUAUUUUCAUUAAAUUAACACAAAAACCGUUGACGAGCGUGCUGUACUGACCGAUACUAUCAAUUAAUUAAAUGAAUUUGUCUACUCGGGCUAUCGUGUGCUCUUGUUUUCGUUCUCGUGUGCUUCUGUUCAACGAAGUUUUGAGACAGAAAUUCCACACGAAACACGGACCACUUCAAUGAACGGUGUGUGUGGGAGGUCAACGUCAUUUAAUAAUACGGUUGUGUGUACUUUUGCUUCAUUUUGUUCGAUUGCUGUGUCAAUGAAAACUAAUGACGAGUGUAUGCACUGCGCUCAUUUGACCAAGCGGUUAAAUAAAUGACGGGUGAUAAUUGAUGACUCUAAAUAUGGUGGAAAAAAAUUAUAUACCCACCCAAAAUGUAAGCUCAAUUUCAUGAAAAUAACAUACAUUGCAUUCUUUGAAUGAAGUUGAAUUGGAUACGAGGUGAAUCGAACUAAAAACGAACAUCGAUUUUCAGACAAAACACAAAAUAAUAAACGGCUAAUAUGUGGUUUCUGUGUAUUCUGUGUCAUUUUUAUUAUAAAUUUGUAUUUGUUUCUCUCUCAAUAAAUCUAGCUGUAAGGCACAAACGAAUUAUAGAUUUAUAGCGUCUAUGGCAUCAUUAAUUCAUACAAAUGAUCGAAUCAAACGGUUGGAUAAAGAUAUUUUUUUUCUUUUUUUUCAUAAUUUUUUUCUUUUUAUCAUUAGUACAACUAAGAUUUCUUAACAGUAAAGCUAACCAGAAAUGUAAAUAAACCAACAUUAUCUAAUA